AUGAGAAACAAGAAGCUUUUCUUCUUCGUCUUGUUCUUCUUCUCCUUCAAAGUGGAACUCAGCAGAGGACAGAACAACAGGAAGACCGAAGUCAAUGUUGGUGUUGUAACAGAUGUUGGGAAAAUGCAUUCGGACAUCGAAAUGCUUUGCAUCAACAUGUCUCUCUCUGAUUUCUAUGCUUCUCGUCCCCAAUUCCAGACAAGGCUUGUCCUCAACAUCGCUGAUUCCAAAAAUGACGUCGUUGGGGCUGCAGCUGCAGCUCUUGAGCUGAUAAAGAACAAGCAAGUGAAAGCGAUUGUGGGGCCAUGGACAUCUAUGCAAGCGCAUUUCAUGAUCGAAAUCAGCAAAAAAUCAUGGGUACCGCUUGUUUCCUACUCUGCGACAAGCCCAUUUCUUACUUCUCUCCGUAGUCCAUACUUCUUUCGAGCUACUUAUGAAGACUCUUCUCAAGUAAACGCCAUAAAAGCUAUCAUCAAGAUAUUUGGGUGGAGAGAAGUCGUGCCUGUUUACAUCGACAACACCUUUGGAGAAGGUAUAAUGCCUCGUCUUACCGAUGCGUUACAAGAGAUCAACGACCGAAUACCUUAUAGAUCUGUUAUCGCUCUCAAUGCAACGCAUGAUGAAAUCUCUGUUGAGCUUCUUAAGAUGAUGACCAUGCCCACAAGAGUCUUUAUUGUCCACGCGUCCCCUUCUCUUGCCUCAAGAGUCUUCAUCAAAGCUAAGGAGAUUGGUUUGAUGAAACCAGGAUAUGUCUGGAUCCUUACCAAUGCAGUUACCGAUGACUUGAGUUUGAUCGAUGAGACAGGCGUCGAUGCUAUGGAGGGGGUAUUGGGGGUUAAGACUUAUAUUCGGAAAUCAAAAGAUCUCGACAAGUUCAGAUCUCGAUGGAGGAGAAGAUUCCCGCGGAUGGAGCUGAGUGUUUAUGGACUGUGGGCUUAUGAUGCUAUCACCGCAUUGGCGACAGCCAUUGAAGAGGCUGGAACAGUUGACUUGACUUUCAGUAAGGCAGAUGCUGGGAUAAAUGUGUCUGAGCUUGAAGCUCUUGGCUUAUCUCAAUACGGUCCAAAGCUUCUCCAGGCACUCUCACGAGUUCAGUUCAGAGGACUUGCAGGAGAUUUCGGUUUUGUCAAAGGGCAACUACAGCCAUCGGUGUAUGAGAUUGUUAAUGUGGUCGGAACCGGAGAAAGGUCAAUAGGAUUCUGGACAGAGGAAAAUGGUCUUGUGAAGAAACUAGACCAGCAACCACAGAGCAUGAGCGCUUUAUCAACUUGGAAAGAUCAUCUGAAACAAAUUAUAUGGCCCGGAGAGGCUGAUUCUGUUCCCAAAGGAUGGGAGAUCCCAACAAAUGGGAAGAGUUUGCGCAUUGGAGUUCCAAAGAGAAUAGGUUACACCGAUCUUGUGAAGGUCACAAGGGAUCCUAUCACCAAUUCAACGAUAGUCACAGGUUUCUGCAUAGAUUUCUUUAAGGCUGUGAUUGAAGAAAUGCCUUAUGACAUCUCCUAUGAGCUCGUUCCUUUCGAGACACCCGAUGGUAAACCAGCAGGGGAUCAUAACGACUUGGUCCACCAAGUAUACCUCGGGAGAUAUGACGCUAUUGUGGGAGAUACAACCAUACUGGCGAACAGGUCCUCCUACGUUGACUUCACAUUCCCAUUCAUUAAAUCAGGAGUAGGAUUAAUUGCCCCCAUUAAAGACCAAGUGAAAAGAGACAGUGUCACUUUCUUGAAACCUUUGACAUGGAAUCUAUGGUUGAUGUCCUUUGCCUUCUUUUUCAUUGUUGGGGCAACUGUUUGGGCACUCGAACAUAGGGUUAAUCCGGACUUCCGUGGACCUCCUAAUUACCAAGCGAGUACCGUCUUGUGGUUUGCCUUCUCUACCAUGGUUUUUGCUCCAAAAGAAAGAGUGUUCAGCUUUGGAGCCAGGCUUCUGGUUAUCUCAUGGUACUUCAUCGUUCUCGUGUUGACGCAGAGCUACACAGCCAGUCUGGCGUCGCUUUUGACGUCGCAGCAACUUCAUCCAAGUGUAACCAGCAUGAGAAGCUUGCUUGAGAAAGGGGAAUCAGUGGGUUAUCAGAGAACGUCCUUCAUCCAUGGAAAGCUUAAAGAAACCGGUUUCUCGCAAUCCAGCCUUGUAGCCUUUGAUACCCCAGAAGAAUGUGACGAGCUUCUGAGAAAAGGACCUAAAAAUGGAGGUGUAUCUGCAGCUUUCUUGGAAUUACCUUACAUGAGACUCUUUCUUGGACAAUAUUGCAACACUUACAAAAUGGUUGAAGAGUCCUUUACUGUCGAUGGAUUUGGCUUUGUUUUUCCGAUCGGGUCACCUUUGGUUGCUGAUGUUUCAAGGGCAAUCUUGAAAGUAGCAGAGUCACCAAAGGCGAUGGAGCUUGAUCGCGCAUGGUUCAAAAAGAGAGACGAAAGUUGUCCAGACCCAAGCACCAGUCCAGAUCCUAAUCCAUAUUCUACCGCUAGGCAGCUCGGAGUAGACAGUUUCUGGCUUCUGUUUCUUAUUAUGUUCCUUAUGUGCGUUUUUACACUCGGCAAAUUCACACUAUUGCAUCAAAUGUUCCUGCUCUGCACUGGAAUCGACGACGACGUGAGGUGGGAUUCCAGGAAAAGUUGCAAUCAAAGAGAAGGUGCGAACUCGUUUCCGAGGAUAACAAUUGGAGACGACCAGCAAAAGGAGAGUGAUUUCAGUUUCACCGUCCUCGAUAGAAGUCUUGACUUUAUUCGAUUGGAUUAG